AUGCGUUUCUCCUUAGCAAGCGCGUUGCUCACACUCGUGCCCCUUGCGGCAGCAUGGCCUAAUGUCAUGGAGAUGGACAGGGCACUCAAGAAGCGUGAAGAGCCCCCGCCACGCAACCCCACCUUCAAGUCCGGGCGACCCAACACUGGAGCCUCAGGCCCAGCUUUGACAUUUAAUGCUAGGGACCAGCUCGUCAACGUUGGUUCCGGCAGCGGACAUGAGUUCCGAUCACCUCGAUCUGGCGAUAUCCGCGGACAGUGCCCUGGGUUGAAUGCUGCUGCGAACCACAAUUUUAUUCCCCGCAACGGUCUGGUUACUACCGCACAGACUAUUCAAGGCCUUGGAGAUGCUUACAGCAUGUCUCCUGACCUUGCUUUGUUAUUGGCAGUUGUUUCUACCGCACUUGCUGGAGACCCAGUCUCGAACCGCUGGUCUAUUGGCGGGAGGUUUACACCUACCAUCCCGAUCUUCCCAGCAAAUGGUAUUGCCGGAACACACAACCAAUACGAGGGAGAUGCCUCCAUCGUCCGAGGUGAUGCUUAUCUCAAUGGUGGCAGCGUUGGCGUAUUCCAGAUGCGAUCCUGGGAACACUUGUACCAGCUCGCGGAGGAGUACACAAUGGACGUGAUUGCUGCCCAGUCCGACUAUGUCACACGCUGGUCAAUCCUCAACAACCCUUACUACUUCUCGGCGCCCUUCUCUGGCUUAGUUGCACCCGCAGCGCACAACUUUGUCAUCAACUUCAUGUCCAACCACAGUGCCGAGAACCCAAGUGGCUUUCUCACCCGCGAAGUUCUGAAGAGCUUCUUCGGUGUCACUGGCGAUGCGCCCGGUCAGUUCGUCCACAACCGUGGCCAAGAGCGCAUUCCAGAGAACUGGUACAAGCGCCCAUUCAGUAACGCCUAUAAUAUUCCUAAUGUUCUCGUCGAUGUCCAGACUAACAAUCUGAUGUACCCAGGCAUCAUCCGAAUUGGAGGCAACACUGGUACCACGAACUCAUUUGCUGGAGUCGACCUCACAGACCUCACUGGCGGUGUUUUCAAUGUCGGCGACCUCGCUGAUGGCAACAAGGGCGCUUGCUUUUUGUUGCAGGCGUCUCUUGCUGGUCUUCCAGACAUCAGCAACCCUCUUCUUGGUGCAGUCGGCUCUGUGCUUGGCUGGGCUACCCAGCAGCUUGGCCCGCUCAGCUCCAAAUUUUCGUGCCCUCAGUUGGCUACCUUUGACAACCAGCUCUUCAAUAAAUUCCCUGGUGCUAGUUAUAAGGGCAGCGGCAACGCUUGA